AGACAGGCACGCAGGCAACGGUUGACGAUGAUUUACUCAUUUUUUUGCCCUCGAGUCAGUACUUCGUGCCAUUACAUAGAUGCAGAAUGAAUUAGUAUUUGACUAAGUACUCACACCUUCAGUUGAUUGUUUUUUGUUGUGCUUCGCCUUCGGAGCUAUUACUUGUAAGUUGAUGUCCGCGCCACCCAUGGUUCAACAAAAAACAAGUGAUGCGAUGUGAGAGCGCGUUGCGCAUGCGCUCACCUGGAACGACUCCACUAGUUAGUGUAAGUAUUUGACUGGUACUAGUCGUAGUCUCCUAUACUAUAAUGGAUACAUCAUCAUGAUAGAUCAUCAUAAGCUAAAAAUGUGAUAAAUAUCAAAUCGUCUACGUAUAAGAAAUCAAGAGAACAAGUACACGAAUCAUUGAGUAGAAUAUUCGUUUUAUUCCAUCACCUCUAGGAACAAAUGUUCGUUCAGUCAGCUGUGGGCAACAAUGUUUUCCGGUUGCGGACACCGCACACGCAACCGGCAACGAAGAAGCCACCGAAGCCACGGCCCAUGCGGCCACGCACGGAUGGAGAGAAGAUGGGAGCAGCACCCUACGAAUUUGGCAAGCCUGAGACUGCUAAAGAGGUGAAACAGCGAAAGAAGGCGGCAGCAAGAGUGCAGAACACGGCCGACUACACUAUGAUUUAUUUUAGCAGUAUUCGUUCCUCGAAAUCGAACCUUUGCUGCAUCGAUCAGUGACAACUCAUCUGAUUCGAACAAGUAUGAGUAUCUUAAUGUUCGUAAGUAAUGAGUUCUGGGCGAGGAGCAGGGUAAAUAACAAAUAUGUGGCAACGUUCCUCUGGCACUUCCACGAGAUCUUCAAAUGCUUUUCCGUGCAGCAAAAUAUAUGAGAGUUGAUAAUGUCUAUUUAGAUUUGCAUGCGGCAGCUUGAAGGGAUACUAGGCAGACAAGUUAAUUCUGAACCCAUGCAUUCCUUUUCUCUUCAUAGUAACUCGUGAUCCGAGUACCGGCCGGUGGAUGGCAACGGGUCGUAAGCAUGGACUUUAUGAUGAAGAAAGGAUCUUUCGAGACCGCGUUCGUUUCGGUGGCAUUGGUGGUUUCCAUCUUAGCGGGGCUGAAGCGCGCGCGCGCAACCUGGCACACCAAAAGAGACUACUCGAGUUACGAAAGUGAAAAAGUAUCUUCUCCCAUAACAAGUGCAUUAGUUGGUUCUAAUGCGAUGAUCCAAAAAGAAGAAUACAGAUGGUCAAAUGCAGGAGUUUUUCCCAAACAUAAUCCAAGCCAGUCGCUUAUUUAGCUGCUAGGGAACUUGCCAGCUUGUAGCAAUCUUGAAUGGAGGAUUCUCUUUUUGUGACUUGACUUAGUUUCCCACUUUGUUGACUGAGUAUGCAAGCAGAUGCAGAUCCUCGAAUUAGACAUCUGCGUAAGGUAAUCUCCCAUCUUGACUGAGUUGUACGUAAGUAUCUAUACUAUAGAUAAAUUGAUAUGACUUUUCUCAACUUUGUUUUGUCCUCCAAUAUUGCAAGAAGAGCAGUUGAUUGCGGACGCGAACAGGAAGGCAGUAGGGAGGGAGAAGUCGAUGGCACGACUUUUGAACAAUGGUGAAGAAGGCGACAGCGAUGCCGAGUUAAGGCUAGUUUUAUAGAUAUUAAAUCCCGUGAUUCGACGAUGACGACGCAUAAUUGCUUAUUCUGAGCGAGGAUGAGGAUGCACUGGCUCUUUCAUGAUGCUUUCGUUCCAAAUAUAUUAGCGGAAAGUCAAUUACCAACCUCCACUGAGUAAACAACCCACUCAGUGGAGGUCAUUCUCACGUACACGUGUAAGGACAAGAAGAAAUGUCUGGCUCUAACUUUCGGAAUAGAAGGUAGAUUCUACACCAAAGCCGAAGAGGAGGAGAUUUGGCGGAGAUUGAAAAGACGAGAGAGGCGGGAACAGGCUGAGUCGCUGCGCGAACGGAGAGUUCAAGAAGAAGUGCGGGGGCGUUUUCCAAUGGGAGACUUACGGCCUUUUAGAAAAAAAUCUACUUACUUCUGCGCUGUAUGUUCGAGAACCUCCUACUUUUCUCUACUCAGAAAGAGUGAGAACCAACUUGAUGAACUAGGAUCAGAAAAAGUGAAAUCUUGUUGUUCGGUCUCUCUUUGUUUACUCUCUCUCUCCAGACAUCACAGGCCUAUCUAUUAUACUUUUUUACUUCAAAUAUAAGUAAGUGAUGAAAUAGAACUAUCGAUCUGGGUAUAUCUUCAUCAUACGCGUUCUGUUUUCCAAUUAUUAGUGAAGGCGAAGGGAUGACAAUGAAUGAAUAUCUCACACAUUUACCAGAAUGAUCAGUAACUACAGUGACAGCUCCGUUCGUCUAACAGGCGGCUCUAUGGAAAUGGGCAGGAUGCAAGGGCCGCCUUGGACGGACGUCCGCUGUGUCCGGCUGCAUCUCUACCCGCCAGCACCGAGCCAAAGGGCAGAAGAAAUAAAUGAACACAUGGAAAAGACGUCUCCCUUGGUUAAGGCUUUUGCUUUUCUUGUUGGACUCAGUAACAGUUGUUGGAGCAAAUUGCAAGCAUGAGAGGGUAAAAAAGUCUAAAGCGUGAUAGAUGAUCAUUUCAAGAAUUAUACUUGAAGUUGAACUUCUGCGACUUAUUUGACUCCAAUUUCAUGUCACUUAAGCCCAGUGAUCUUCAGGCUCUAAUCAGGUGUACGAAGUGGAACCAGAGUGGGCCUAUGAUGCCCGAAACCACAGGUGGAUUCUCGAGAUUGAUGGUAAAAUGGAUCCGCGAUGCAGGCGUCUCCUUCUCGAGGACGACUGGUAUCGAGCGGCAAAUGAACUCAAUUUUGAUACAGAUGCUCUGCCUGAUGCGGUUGUAGCACAAGUGGAACACGCGAGGCGGCUGGGCGGUGAGUUGCGUCAGCGUGGUCUUGAGCGCAUGGUCGCCAGGCGACGCAGAGGAUGACCUGCGCGUGGUUCGUGUUGGUGUUCCUCGGUUGUGAUUUAAUUUCCAUCUUGCUGGUACCACAAGUAAUUGUUCAGUGAAUUCGUAUCCUCGUUCAGUAUACUCGUUACGAACGGUCACAUUAGAAUGGGCACACACAUGACAUCAUGUUGCACCCGUCCGUGAAUGGGUAUCAUUAGCAGUACACUUCUACGACGAUCCGCACGGCUACUGCUACAAAUACAAUCAAAUUUCUCAUGUAAUGAAUAAUUUUCCCUCAUGUCGUCCUAGGUUAGUCCCUCCAAUCAUGUAAUGGAGUUAAAUGAAACUUGUCCUUGUGCCGACACGAGCAAAGACACGUAAUGCAGAGUGCACAUUGGAAUAAUUUAUUGAUUACUUCUACGUGCCUACAAAUAGCACGAAUGAUUUCUUUUGGUAUCUCUCCUGGUUGGAGGUCCAGCUCAUGCUACUGCCGCGGGUAUUAGAUUAGAGAUAAUUAGUGAUCACUUAGUGAUUUAUUCUUAUUGAUGAAAAACAUGUUAACUGCUAACCAUCGCAUAUAUGACGACAAUUCCCAAGUAUAGCAUUCAUGUGAAACAACUCCUCAAAAUAAAUGCUCGGAAUUGAUAUUUGAUGAAGAAAUACAUUGCUC